AUGAUUAUGCAAUCUUUGGAGUCACUGAGGAAGAUGAAAGUAGAUAUCCUGCGGGCAGAACCUGUUACUUCCACAAGUUGUGAAUUGAAUGACACCACCCGGAGAUGUGUAGUGAAAGAAGAACAUGACUUAUUAGAACACCUGGUAUAUCUGAGAACAGUAGUCCUGGGUGAAGAUGCUGAUGAUGAGACCCAUGUGGUGGCUGUGGAAUCCAGAAAUAUGGCCAGUGUUCCAGAGCCGGUACCAAUUGUAUCACUGAAACAUUCUGUCUUACCAAUGGUCUGUCUUGAUGGCUUUGAAUUGCUUCCCCCUGUUUCUUUUAUCCUAAAAUCGGGAACAGGCCCAGUAUAUCUCAAUGGGCAGCACCUGAUCUUGGAAGAUGAUUCUGACUACGAGCCAACAGAGGAAGAUAUUCCAGAUGAUGUAGAUGCUGAUGACAGCAGCUUUGAUGAAGAGGAAAUACCAAGUACAGAGAUACAACCUGUGAGUUAA